AUGUCUAUUAUCGAAUCAAUCUCUUUGGAGCCACUGAUGAGGCAACGCUAUAGUUUAGAGAUUCAUCAAAAUAGCAAUGGAGGAAUCUUGAGAAUCACUAUGGUUCCCACUUGGAACACAAAUAAAAACGCAAUGAACUUACUAAUAGUCGCUUUAGGAACUAUAACAGGGAUUUUUACAUUAGCAAGAUAUGUUCAGCUCUCAAAUACUGGGCAGCUGUUUUCAAUUGCCACCAUUUUCUUCUUGUUGAGCCUCAUUUUCAGGAGGCCUACGAUGGAGACUCUCACGGUUCUGGCAAAUUAUGGAGUGCAGAUCAGAAAGGUCCGAGGACUUGCGUUCUUGCCUCGCAGUUUCAACAGACAUUGGUUUGCUGAGACCGAGUUUAUACCGAGAGACCAAGUUGUUGACGUUGUCAUCAAUGAAGGUUUUGUUAGAGGCUUUCAGGUGAUCUUUUACUUAGCCGUGCUUGUCAAGGAAUCAACAAAACUCAGGCUACUAUUUGCGGUAUGUAAACACGUUUUUUCUCUUACAACCAGGGCACUAUACUAA